AUGACGACUAAUAUCGCUGAUGAUACGAUCCAAAACGCCGGAUUGGACCAAUAUCCAUCGACAAACCAAGUUGGUGCUGCCUUUAGGGUGAAAAUAGCAUUGGUUGCCUCAACAUGUUCCGCUUUCGGCAGUUUGGCUUUUAUCGCCUACUUGCUUUUGAAGGAUGGUGCUCAAAUAGAGAGGAUUUUGAAAAUAAAACAAGAGCUCUCGGAAGGGUCGGGUUAUCUAAAGACGAUAAGACCGAUACUGAAAAUCGGCAUCCUUCUAUCGUUAGGUAUCUCGAUUCUUUUGAUAAUCAGGAAAGUGAUGAAUAGAGAAGGAAAUCUUGUUGUACCUUUAAAAAUAGGGGAUGAUUCAAAGCUUUAUAAGGAAGAUCUGCGCAACUUGGAAACCCCUAUCCUUGAUCAGAAACCGGCUUCAGAGACAGAAAAUGUACCAACAGCAACAACAGAAGCAACAGCAACACGGGUGGUCAAUGUUUCACAAAACACACCAACUUCCACCAAAAGCCUCGAGGGUGUAUCAAGUGACACUUGUACUCCAAAAGAAAGAUCGGAAGGUAGUUGCAUUACUUGCAAUAUGCCAAGCCCCGAUGCCAAGAAUUUUCCAAACACAGAUGAUGAUGUUUGUGCAGGUUUGAUGAACGUGACAGGCCAGGAGACCCCUUUAAUCCGAAAUAGUAUGCAGAAAACAAAGCCUGAGCUAUUGAAAAGUAAUAAUGAGACAGCCAAAAAACAAAGCAGCCAUCACUAUAUCAAUAAUCAAUUGUGGGGUGAUUUCAUUCAGAAAAGGUGUCCAAAAAGCCGUUGUGGUCGAUAUGAUAAUACGAGCUUUGCACAAGACAUAGAGACUCACAAACACUCUAAAAAAAUGGAAGGAAAUAUACUCAGACAAUAUCUCAAGUAUUUUGAUUUCGAAAAGCUAUCAUAUUUCGUGCUUCACUAUUUGUGGAGUUUCCUCCUAAUUUCAAGCAUAAUAUUUUUCUCUCUGAAAGGUUUGCCCCGUUUUCAGGGCAUCUAUGCAACAAAAAAUACAUGGAUAGACAAAUCUCCCACGAGUAAACAUAAUUUUAUUGAAGAAAAAAUCUGUUGGAUGAAGAAUAUUGUGAUUGAAAAAAUCCUCAAUUACCUGAUUGAUAAAAACAAAGACCUCGCAAUGGGCCUGAUUUUAAAGUUUGCUGACGUGGAUGUGAUUAAAAAUUUGUUUAAAACAAUCACACGAGAAGAAUUUAAAAGUGAAUUAUUUGACAAAUUGUGUAAAAAUGAAAAACUCCAAAAUAUGCUUGAAAUUUGGGAUUCCAUUCCGUCGAAAAGUGUUGGCAUCUUUGAGUCUUUUAUCACAUAUCUAAUUGAUAAUAAUGUAGACGAUGAGGCUUGUAAGGAACCAAUCACUAUAAAACUUGAAGAAUAUUUGAACUUUUGCAUCGAAAAUCGUGCUCUGAGGCCACCAGCACAGGCUUCGGAGGACAUUUUGGCGGCGGAAGUUAAUCUACAAACAACAGAAACAGAAAAGAAAGCGUUUUCGCRGAUAUUAUCGUUUUUUCAAAGAAAUGCUGCCGAAUUCAAGCCGCAGCUGGAUAAAUUCGUUAGCUCGUGGAAGGAAAAUCAAAAGCGCAUCUUUUUCGAUACUUUCAAAGAGAAAGUCGAGCCAGAUAGCAUCUACUUUGAGAUUUUCAUGAAAAUGUAUCCUCUUGAGCCGCAAAACCAGGAUUUACCAAAAAAAACAUACCUAGAAGAUGUCAUAAAAAUACUACGCAUACCCAUACAGCCUGACAGAAAAUCUCCUUUGAUUAUUGACAAGGAUUUAUUGUCAAAAAUGGCCAAUCAUUUCCUUAAAUGGAUCGACAUAGAAGAAAAGUUUAUGAUUGCUGCGCGUCCAAUUUUUUCCUAUUUUGUUUCUAACCCUAACUUGGAGGUCAAAAAUAAGAUCGAUUUUAUUGUCGCUAUUUUGUACAAGACUUGUGAAAAAUUCAAUAGUUUUGAUGUUAUUGAUCUCAUCAUCCCACUUUCGGACAAAAAACUUCGGAAUGAUCUUUUAGAAUAUACCCUAAAUUAUCUUUUAAAAGAUGAAAACGGAUUUCGUUUACAGAAUAACGACGAGACCUUGCCCUCGUCUUCGUCUGGCAACAUUAACCCGGUUCUUUUCGAAGAAUGUUAUAUUGAAAUUGAUCGCUCAGCAGAAAAAUAUAAAGACACGGUUGUGAAAUUUCUCUUUACCAUUAUUUUUUAUCUGGACUUCAAAAAUAAGGACACAUUAUUCAAAAAAUUGCUAGGGUGGUUUCCAAACAAAACAAAGGAAUUUGUGAUAAUCCUUUCAGGCACUGGCCUUUUUUUUGGAAAAUUUAUAGACCAGGAAACAUACAUACCUUUAAUGCGAUCUAAUUUAUUCCCCAACUCUCUUACAGAUGAACAGGUUCACGCUUAUUUAGAGGCGCUGAUCGAAAAAAUCUAUCACUUGCUAGAAAACAAUGAAGAUCAGACAAAUGCAUCAGAUAAAGUUAUCAUAUCAGACGGUGCAGGUCCCAGCCAACGAGUUCAAAUCGAUUCUUGGAUUUCUAGCAUUCUUGUAAAAUACAGCAUAUCCAUUUCGCAGAAGCGAUUCCGCAAUAUCAUCCUUUUCGCUUUAAGUUUAAAGAGAUAUUUUGAGCUUUCAAAAUCCAAGGAUAAGAUAAACCCGCGAGAAACUUCACUUAGUUUUAUCUUUCAGAAUCUUUUAUAUUUGGAAACCAAACUUAGCAAACAAGACUUUACAGAACUUUUAAAUUCAUUCAGUGAUAAAGAUAGACAAACCUUUAACAACCAGAAGCGUGUUAUGACUCAAUAA